AGGAGACGGCAGGGUGGCACCUCUGCGUCUUCUCCCUACUCGGCAGAUUCCAGCGGCGAUAACGGAAGGAGCGAACUCUGCCCGAUCCCCUGACACCUGCCGCAUGACCCUCUGACAACUACAUCUGAUCCCCUGAUAUCUGCUCCAUGAUCCUCUGACAACUGCUGCCUGAUCCCCCUAUCUGAUCCUGUGGCCCCUGCCGUCCUGCACCCCCCCCCCCCCCCCCCCGACACCCGCUGUGAGCCAUGCUGCGCUGCAUAAUCCUCCUGAUCACGGCGUCCUUAUUAUCUGCUGCCAAAGAAAGCCUUAUGGAUAUCUGCAUAGACGGAAAACACCACAAGACGGAACCAGGGCCGGAGGACAACUUGCAUGGAAAGUGCACUCCAUGGAAGCAGAAGGCCUGCUGUUCUGUGAACACCUCCGAGGCUGCGCACCAGGACCUGUCCUAUCUCUACAACUUCAACUGGGACCACUGCGGCGUCAUGUCUGAGGACUGUAAGCAGCACUUCAUCCACGACACCUGCUUCUAUGAGUGCUCCCCCAACCUGGGGCCCUGGAUAGUGCAGGUGGACCAGAGCUGGAGGAAGGAGCGUAUCCAGGACGUUCCCCUGUGUAAGGAGGACUGCGAGGGCUGGUACAACGCCUGCGCCAAUGACUACACCUGCAUGGACAACUGGCACGUAGGCUGGGAUUGGUCGACUGGAGUCAAUAGAUGUCCGAUGGGGAAGUCGUGUCGGAAAAUGCGAGACGUCUUCACGUCCGCCAAGGAUUUCUGCGAGAAGGUCUGGUCCAAAUCCUACGCGUUCACGGAGUACGGGCGAGGCAGCGGCCGCUGCAUGCAGAUCACUUUCGAGAACGACAACGUUGAACCCAAUGUCAAAGUGGCUCAAUACUACGCCGAUCUCAAGGGCUCUGCCCCCAAAACUCGCCUGGGGUUGUUCAUAUUCCUGGCGCCGUUCUUCACGCUGUGGGCGCUAUAAAAUGUUGAAGGCAAAGCGUGUGUGGAGUCCUAUCUGCCCACAGGUGGCGCUGCUAUAACUCUCUGCAUCUCACUGCUGCCGCCCUGCUGGAUGGAGUCCUAUCUGCCUACAGGUGGCGCUGCUAUAAAUCCCUGCAUCUCACUGCUGCCGCCCUGCUGGAUGGAGUCCUAUCUGCCCACAGGUGGCGCUGCUAUAACUCUCUGCAUCUCACUGCUGCCGCCCUGCUGGAUGGAGUCCUAUCUGCCCACAGGUGGCGCUGCUAUAAAUCCCUGCAUCUCACUGCUGCCGCCCUGCUGGAUAGAGUCCUAUCUGCCCACAGGUGGCGCUGCUAUAAAUCCCUGCAUCUCACUGCUGCCGCCCUGCUGGAUGGAGUCCUAUCUGCCCACAGGUGGCGCUGCUAUAACUCUCUGCAUCUCACUGCUGCCGCCCUGCUAGAUGGAGUCCUAUCUGCCUACAGGUGGCGCUGCUAUAAAUCUCUGCAUCUCACUGCUGCCGCCCUGCUGGAUGGAGUCCUAUCUGCCCACAGGUGGCGCUGCUAUAACUCUCUGCAUCUCACUGCUGCCGCCCUGCUGGAUGGAGUCCUAUCUGCCCACAGGUGGCGCUGCUAUAACUCUCCAUCUCCCUGCUGUCGCCCUGCUGGAUGGAGUCCUAUCUGCCCACAGGUGGCGCUGCUAUAACUCUCUGCAUCUCACUGCUGCCGCCCUGCUGGAUGGAGUCCUAUCUGCCCACAGGUGGCGCUGCUAUAACUCUCUGCAUCUCACUGCUGCCGCCCUGCUGGAUGGAGUCCUAUCUGCCCACAGGUGGCGCUGCUAUAACUCUCUGCAUCUCCCUGCUGUCGCCCUGCUGGAUGGAGUCCUAUCUGCCCACAGGUGGCGCUGCUAUAACUCUCUGCAUCUCACUGCUGCCGCCCUGCUGGAUGGAGUCCUAUCUGCCCACAGGUGGCGCUGCUAUAACUCUCUGCAUCUCCCUGCUGUCGCCCUGCUGGAUGGAGUCCUAUCUGCCCACAGGUGGCGCUGCUAUAAAUCCCUGCAUCUCACUGCUGCCGCCCUGCUGGAUAGAGUCCUAUCUGCCCACAGGUGGGGCUGCUAUAAAUCCCUGCAUCUCACUGCUGCCGCCCUGCUGGAUGGAGUCCUAUCUGCCCACAGGUGGCGCUUCUAUAAAUCCCUGCAUCUCACUGCUGCCGCCCUGCUGGAUGGAGUCCUAUCUGCCCACAGGUGGCGCUGCUAUAACUCUCUGCAUCUCACUGCUGCCGCCCUGCUGGGAGUAGUUGUCUGCCCACAGGUGGCGCUGCUAAGGUUCCUUUAAUUCCUCCAUUGAUUGUAUCCACUGACUGUGAGGGGCGUGUGAUACAUUUCAAUGUAUCAGUUUGUUUGGGGGGGUUCUGCUUAUUAAAGGGCCAUACUCGCUAAUAAAACUGAAUCUGGAUAAGC